AUUCUUACCUCACAUGUCACAGUGGGAACAUAGGAGAUUUAAACUACCAGAAAAUUUUACCUAAAUUGGCCAUUUAUUAAUUAAAUAAUCUUUUUGAUCGGCCAACAACAUGAACAACUCAAAUCUCCAUGUAUAGUUGGAUUAGUCAACCAUAGCCAAUGACCAAGUUGCUAAAUAUCAGUAGCACGUUAAUUUCUAGGUAACUUACACAACAUGACAUAUGAAUUGACCUAUUAUUUUAUCAAGUGAAGUCUUUUUUUAAUGAGACAAUAGUACUAUAUUCACAUUGAAUUAAAUAUCUAGUUUAUUUUCAAUCAAUUUACUAAUUAUGAAUCCAAAUCAGCCUUUAUCACUACCUCAAAAGCUAUUGGAAGAGAGUAUUUGUUUGAUAAUCAUACAUAUAGCCUUCAAACUUUGUUACAUUAUUUUAUAAAACAAAAAUUUGCUAGGACAAAGCAAACAAAUAAUUCUUUUUACUAUAUAUGCUUUCAAAAUAACAUAUCCUUAGCCCUUUCAUUUCCAUCACUUCUUUCUUCUGAACCUAAUAACCUUUUGGAACACUUCAUCGGAAAACCAAUUUCAGUCACCGGAAAACAUGGGAGAUUCCGGUAAUAAAGGACGUUGUGGUUGUUGUACCUCCAUCCUCACUUUGGGUCUAGCAGCACUUUCCAUUUGGCUAUAUCUACGUACUUCAAACCCCAAAUGUUCCAUACAAACUCUUUACUUACCUUCACUUGAUAGAACCUUAAACCUCACAACUGAUCCUACCUUAAACCUCACGCUAAGGCUAGACAACCCUAACCAAGCCAAAGGGAUCAAGUAUGAUCCUUUGAUCGUGACAGUUUAUGAUUUUCCAAACAAAAGUAGUGUCAUAGGAAACAUUUUGAUGCCAGGGUUUUACCAGGGUCACAAAAAGAAGGCAACAAAGCCUGGUCAAGGCACUGCUAACACGACAGUGGCUUUACGGGCAGUUUCGGAGAACGGUACAGGGGUUUUCUGGGUGGAUAUGGCAACGUCGGUGAAGUUUAAGAUCAUGUUUUGGUAUACAAAGAAGCAUAAGAUUAGGGUUGGAGGAGAUGUGGUGGUCAACGCUAGUGGUGUUAAGGUUGACCAUAAAGUGAUCAGGCUCAAGUCCAUGGCACCAAAGAUGGGGAGUUUUUGUGUUGUGGUGGUGGUGGAAGCUUUGGUGAAUUUCUUGGUCUUUAAUCUGCUUAAUUUUUGGUGAGAUUUUGGUUUUUGUUUUUGAUGCUGUAUUGUAGAAGAGAAGAACAAAAAUGGAAAAUGUUCAUGUUUGUUAGCAACUAUGAAGAAAUAUUGAUUU